GCGGGAUCUAAAGUGACAUAAGUUGGUUACCACGUGUACCGUGCACUGUGUUUACCAAAAUUAAUGAAUUGCAAUGGAAGGAGAUCUAAAAGUAAAAUCAGUAUGCCGAGUUUGCGGAUGCACAAAUUUUUUCAAAGAUGCUGGUUUUUAUUACUGUGAAACCUGUCAAACACAAAAUGAUGAAAUAAGAGAAGAAAUAUUUGAUAUGCGUGUAGAUCCAAGUACAAAACUGCGAAAGAUUAAAAUCAAACAUGCCGAUCGAAAGCACAGUGAACCUCAGGGGUGGACAACGUGGGAAAUAUAUAAUUUUGCUUUAAUUGGACUAACCGAAGAAAUGAUUGAACUUGGUGCUUCACCGGAUAUAAAAUUUACAGUAUUACAAUUGUGGUCAACUUAUUUAAGUAAACUUCAAGUGGCAUUUACUUCAAUAAACAGAAAGUCUUUACCAAAACUUUCUAAACAGUUUAAUAAAAACGAUGCAGAAAUUAUUUAUGGUAAAAUUCAAUCAAAAAAGAAGAUUAUUAAACGGUAUAAAAUGCAUACAAAUAGUACAAAUCAAUCUGUAGUUUCUGCUACUCAUAGUGGUUACUCAUCUGGUACUCAUGGUGGUUCACAAGGAUUUCACAGAAACAAAAAACUCUUGAUAAAUUCAGAUUAUGAGAAAUACCUGAAAUCCCAGACAAAUUCUGAUGCUAUCAGUGCAGUUAGUAUAAGUGCAUACAGUUCUAAUACAGUAAGAUCAUUCGAUAAAGAAGAAAGAGUAUCCUUUAACAAAUUUGCAAAAGAAGAAAAGAAAAAGAUACAAAAAUUAGCUAAAAAUGUUUCAUAUAUUAAAAGAGUUAAAUAUAGAAAAAAACAUAUUACUUCUCAAUAUAAAACAGGGCCAUGUGUAAUUACGGGAAUUAAACUGUGGGCUAUUGUUUAUCUUGCCAUGAGAAUUCAUAAAGAACCUAUACAGUUAGGUGAUAUGUUAAGGUUUGCGAGAGAGGGUCAUAUGUCUUAUUAUAGAUUAGAUCAUUUAAUUCCGUCCGAAGUAAAACUAUCUCAAAAUGAUGUGAAUUUUUUAACACAAAAUACAGAGAUAACACAUAAAGGUCUUAGAAAGAUAGCUGCAAGGAUGGCAAAAUUUAUUGGAAUUAGGAAAAUGAGUUCUCCGAACCUUUUACCAUUGAUCAGUCGUUAUUGUCAGGAACUAGCAUUACCAAAAGGUGUACUACUAUAUGCUGAAAGAUUUAUUGCUCUCUCGCCUCCAACAAUGAUUUUUGAUUUUAAAAAGUCAGAUAUUCCUAACUAUGAAGCACGUGCGAUGGCAUUUAUUAUAGUAGUAUUAAAAGUAUUAUUUGGAUUGGAUGGUAUAACAGAGUGUACCAUUAGUAAGAUAGCAGAACGUAUUAAUAUUGUAGGUAGCAAACAAGAUGUACUUGAUACAAAAUUAUUUAGUUUUUGCGAAUGGCAAAGAUAUAUCGAAUGUAGAAAAAAUAUUUUAGUUAAUAAGCAUUAUCCAACAAAAUUAAAAUACGACCCAACGUUACCGCUGAGCAAUAAUAUGUACCUUAAUUUCUUGGAAUUUAUUAAAUCAAAAAAAGAUGGAGAAAAUCCAGAAAUUAAUAAUUAUAAGCAUCUCCUUCCACGAGAUCUUACUGAUGCUAUGAAGCGGUGUUUUGAAAAGUUAAAUCAAGAUAAUAAACCAUCAGAAGACGUAACAAUAUUUAAUCCAUCAUUGACGCCUCUUUACUCUUAUCUUCAACAACUAUGGGAAAAUUCUUCUAACAAAAUUCCUGAUAUUUUAAAAACUGACUUUUAUGAAACCAAAGUUGGAUAUAUGACAAAUAUCAAUGAUUUUCAGCAACUUGCUGCACAAUGUAACAUAAAUUUGAUAAUUGUAAACUCCAGAUCACAUUUUAUCAAUAAAAUUGUACCUUACUUUGAACGAAAUAAGAUGCAAGAAGUGUCAAAACUUAAAGAAGAUGUUCAAAUAUGUGAUUUUAACGAGUCAGAAGAAGAAAAUAUAAAAAAAAUAGAAAAUUUUGUUUCUUAUAUAGAUAAAAAUAUACCUUGUUAUACUAGAGUUGACAAUACAAAAUUACAAUAUUUUGAUGACGUACGAAAUUCAUUAAAAAUGAAUACAAAUUUUAAUCAUAACGAUCAUAAUGAUUUUAUAUUUGGAGAUGUAUUACCAGAUGGUAAAUUAUUAAUACCCGAAGAAAAUGAAGCUACAUCGGAUGAUGAUGUAUUACAUUUUAAAGACACAAUUAAACAAAAACCUGAUACAAUGGAUAUAGAUUUUUAUCAGAAAUAUAAUAUCCAAUUAACACAAUACGAGCAAGAAUCAAUACUUAAGCCACAAGAACUGGAAAGUAUUGAAGAUUUUAUGAAACGUAAAAUGCAUCGAUAUCGUAAUUCGAAAGGACAAUUCAUGAAAGCUUCAGAAGUACAAAAAUUAAUGAAUAGCUAUAAUUUUAUAAAACCUAAUUUAAUAGAUAAUCUUAAUUUUUAUGACUUACAUAAUUUUACUGGAAUAAAUUUAGAUAAUGAUAAUUUGGAUAAUGAUAAUUUGGAUAAUAAUGAUUUGGAUUCAUUUAAUGAUCUUGAAAUGAGUUUAUUCAAAGUGCCAUGUGAUAUAUCAAAAAAUGAAGAAAAAAUAUUUGAUCGAAAAUAUAAUUUUAAUAGCGAUUUAAAUAAUAUGAAUAAUUAUUUCGAUUUAUCUGAUAUAUCCAUAUUAAAUGAUGACAUUUUAGAACAGAAUCUAGAUAUAGAUGAGACAAAAUUAAUUUUAAAAAAUGACAUAGAUUCUAGCGAACAAGAAUCUGAAAACAUGAAAUUUUUCUGUCCCUGUGAAGAUUACUGGAUGUAUCACUGUAUAUUUAGUCGUGUAAAAGCAAAAAACUUCGAAUUAUUUGAAAAAGUUUUACCAAGAAGUUUUCGUUGGCUAUUAAAUGAAUGUGCGAAUGUUUUGGAGAUGACUACAGAAGAAUUGUAUGAAGAAAUUUGUACGAUAGAAAAUUUUUACUCGCAAAUUCUAAAUCCUAAUAACGUAUUUGACCAUUUUACGAGAAUACAUCGUAGUCUUAUUAUUAGUAAAUGGUGAAAUUUAUUUUAUAGUCUAAGAAAUUUUAUAUAAAAAUGUAAUU